UUGCUGCAGGAAGCUAGGAACACACACAGAAAGGAGUAAAACAAAUAAAAGAGAUAGAAGUCAAAAUUGCAUGCCCCCCUGAGAAGAAAGCUGUUGCAGCAGGACCAGGGUGGGGGUCGUACUCCGCUGCAUGCCAGCUAUUUGCGGCGAAAACAUCUGCUUAAAAUUUUGUAGGUUUCCAGUGCACGUCAAGAUCUCACCGAAGAGAUUUGUCUUGGCUGCACCAUGAUAUCUGCUGUCCUUCUCCUCUGGACUGUGCCCUGUGUGGCAAACCACAUCCUCAGUGGCUUUGUCAAGGGAGGGCUGCAGGAAGGCCCCCAGCAGCUGGCGUGCAGCGUGCCAGGGCCCCCUGGUCCCCCUGGCCCCCCCGGAGCCUCCGGCUCUCCGGGGACAGUCGGCAGAAUGGGCUUCCCUGGGAAAGAUGGCAAAGAUGGCAAGGACGGGGACAAGGGAGAGCACGGUGACGAAGGCCCACAAGGCAGAACAGGAAAUCCAGGCAAGCCAGGACAGAAGGGGAAAGCAGGAGCUAUUGGCAAGGCAGGCCCACGAGGUCCAAAGGGUUUAAAGGGUAAUCCUGGAAAAAAUGGAGCACCAGGAAAGAAAGGGCCCAAAGGGAACAAGGGCGAGACAGGGAUGCCAGGACCCUGCACCUGCAACGCCAAAGCAGCCAAAUCCGCCUUCUCUGUAGCUGUCUCAAAAAGUUACCCAAGGGAAAGGCUGCCCAUCAAAUUUGACAGGAUCCUGAUGAAUGAGGGAGGACAUUACAAUGCUUCCAGUGGGAAAUUUAUAUGCAGCAUUCCAGGAAUUUACUACUUCACUUAUGAUAUCACUUUGGCAAACAAACAUCUGGCCAUUGGCUUGGUCCACAACGGGCAGUACCGGAUCAAGACUUUUGAUGCUAACACUGGUAACCAUGACGUUGCCUCGGGAUCAACUAUUCUUUCUCUGAAGCAGGAGGAUGAGGUAUGGCUGCAGAUCUUUUACUCAGAACAAAAUGGGCUCUUUUAUGAUCCUUACUGGACAGACAGCUUAUUUACUGGCUUCCUGAUAUACCCUGAUCAAGAUUAUCUCAAUGAAAUAUAGGGUGAGAGACUAUCCUGAGGGGGAAAAGUCAGAAACACGUAUGAGAGCUCAUUGCAGCCUGUAUGCAGACAUGCCUGGGAUUAUCACAUGGUUCCACAUUCUUGGAGCUAACAGCCUGUAUUGGCUAUUUGGAUAUUUACUUGAUGUCAUCAAAUAUUCUACAGAGUGCUAGGAUCAAUAGGACCCACUUAAAGUAGCCUUAUGAGUCUCUAAAUCUCGAAACCACCCAUUACGUUUUCUACGGCCAUUCAAACAUGACGGGGAAAUGCAACUUCAACGCUGGUACAGAACGUUUUGAUUAUUUUAUUAUUACAAAGCCUUCAGAUAAAAAUUUGUUUCCUGAAAGCUGGUUUGGACAGCUUUCCGUUAACAUCGCAGACAGCAGUGCCCCUCCCCCUCCAAUAAUAAUAAUCCUUAUUAACACAAAGUUAAGCUUCAUCAGCUACUUAGAGGUCAGGAGGUUGUCAGCUAACACUAUAAAAGUAACCAUAAUUCUCAGCCUUAUCAAAGCAGUACUAAUAAACAGAAGUGUCCAGUCUAAAUGGGGAAUGACACAAAGCAGUGAUUUCAUCUUUAAGGCUAAAAGUAAAAUCUGUAGGACACAAGCUGUUCCACCAAGCACCACUGGCAUUCCUCAGAUUUCAUCCUCAAUAUACAACGAUAGCUGGUCGAUUGCCCUGGAGUCCUGCAUUUGCUUUCAGACAGGCAUCAGUAAAGCUGUGACCGGGGCAUGGCCUGGACCGUGCAAGCCAAAUACUUGUGGGACUUGGAUCCAGAUCGGAGUGUGAACCCGUCAGGUAAGACUCAUUUGAGAAUAUGAGCCUUUAUUCCAGAAGAAGAUUUCUUAAUACCCCCUUCCCUUCAUCUCUGCCAGCUUUUGCUGGCAAAAGAUACUUGUGGUGCUGAUGAGGUACUCUUCAAAGGCUAAAUACUACAAAUAGACCCCAUCUUACUGAUGAUAGGCUCUUUUACCCCUCCAUAUCAAAUAUUACAGAUGCUCCAAAAGUCUGCAAUAUCCAUACUGUAUGGAAAACCAAAAAUGGCAGAAGCUGAGGUAUUGAUGGUUUUCUGUUUUUUCGCCUGUAUCAGCUAAGACAGGGGCAUGCUGCAAAAUGGUUCCUUAUUACUGUAUCAGAGAGAAUUCUCCUGCUAUAAAGCACCCAAAUCUGGCUGCCUUGCUCCAGGAUGCAGUAAACACACACUAUAAUACAGAGGUCUCUGUCUUGGUAGCUGGACAGGAGGAACUUCUCUUACGUGCUAUCAGAUGGGUCGUCCUGGUUUCCACAGUCAAUUCCACAGCUGUUUCAUCUCCAUAUGAAAACUCAUAUGAAGUUCCUCUAAGCCUCAUAUUUAGGCAUUGAAGGGAGAUUCUUUAUGAAUAAAUAAAGAUUUUUUAAAUCUUACUUUUACAAGUCAAAACGUUUGCAUUAUUUUAGUGAACUACAGUAACUGUUU